AUGAAUUCGACUCCGAAUCUCCUCCCAGCUCGUAUUUUGGGGGCCCAAAGUACCCUGUUUAUCCAUUUGCCGGGCGAAGGCCCCUCGUAUAUAAUGCCCACAUCAGCGAAGCAAACGUCGCGGAAAACAAAAAAGUUUCAAAGACUAAAAAGCCCAUGGAAAAAGAAGAGACAUUUCACAAGUGAUACAGAGAGGUGUGCAUUGCGAGAAACACGAAGUUACAAAUUUAUUUUGCGGCCAGAAGAUGUAUCCCGCGCUGGUUCCCAAUGCUGUCAAAAGUCAUCGUGCAGCAAACGGUCCGAUGCGACUUUUGUGACCUCCCAAAUUGCGUACACGACGAAGAUGAAAGAAAAAUCCCAUAGUGCUAUAUAUGACAGGUUCCACGCCAUGUAUUUUCUCACACAGGAUUUUAAAGAAAUCAGUUUUGCCGAAGCAAAGGUUAUGAAAGACGCCAUCGUAUCGGAGGAGGAACACAAAAUCACAGCUGAAAGAAAACGUCACACAAAAGUGACGGUCUCCUGCCAAUGCUCAGUGGAGGAUAUUCUAAAGAAUAUCUGCCAAUGUCGCGAAAUCGCACCUAAUUUUAUACCUGAAAAGGUUGAAUGCGUCCAAGGAGACUCUUAUGCAAAGUGUUGUCAGUGCCAAAAACAACAACAACAAAAUUUGGUAGCAUCCCAAAAAAUGGAUGAAAGUAACGGUAAUACGUCAAAAUACUCGUCUAACCUAUUGAAAGAGACAGUCGUUCAAACCUCAGACCAUUCUAUAACCUUUCUUCCUGAUGAGCUGGACGCAAUGGCUGAAGAUGAUUGGCUGGAGGAACUGGACGAGAAAGAUGAUGAAUCAGCAAUGCUUGGAAUCCUGCAUCUCUUGCAGAAGUAUGCUCGUUCUCCUUUA